GUUUCGUCGUGGCGACAUGGGCUAUAGCCGUAUAUUCUGUUGGAUUCCUGAUCAAGUCCGUGGUGCCGGCCUGCCCCGGAGGGGUCUAUAUGACUCUGGUCGUGGUGGGAUGGUGCUUCAUGGUGACCGGCCAGUCGGUCGUCCUGUACUCACGCCUCCACAUCGUCAUGCGCAACACGUCCCGGCUGCGGCUCGUGCUGGCCAUGAUCGUCGCCAACGCCGUCAUCGGCCACAUUCCUACCGCCGUGUUCGCCUACGGCUCCAACUCGUCCAACCCCGCCCCCUUCAUCGUCCCCUACUCCAUCUACGAGCGGGUCCAGGUGACGCUCUUCUUCCUGCAGGAGAUCAUCAUCUCGGGCCUCUACAUCCACGAGACGGUUCUUCUCAUGCGCGUGCGAAGCCGCAGUGGCAUAAGCGGCCGCAACCAGGGCCGCGACAGCACGCGGCGGCGCCUCAUGACGCACUUGGUCGUCGUCAACGCCGUCAUCGUCGUGCUCGACAUCACCAUCCUCGCCCUCGAGUUCGCGGGUCUGUACGCCAUACAGACUGCAUACAAGGGCUUCGUCUACAGCAUCAAGCUCAAGAUCGAGUUCAGCAUCCUGAACCGGUUAGUCGAGAUGACCCAGGGCGGUUCUUCCGGCCACGAUAGCUCGUACGCCAGGACGGCAGCCAACAACAACACGAGCCUACCAUUGGAGACGAUGGACGGGUUGAGGGAGAAGAACAGGAGGUCGAGAGCCGCGGCCGACCACCACUACCCCCACCAGCACCGCAACGACAUGGGCAACAAGGUGUACGUCGGCGCGGGCGGCCCCGGCGCGGACGCGGAAGACGGGAAGCACAACGGCGUGUCAGUGGUCAUGACGACCGAGGUCACCGUCCAGCGCGACAGGCUCUACGUGGAUUCGGACCGCGAUAGGGACGCAGAGAGCAUCAGCGGCAGGUCGGGCGCGACGGUAGAAUCGGCCGUCGAGGGCAGCAUCGGACAGGCGCGGCAGCCAUCGUACUCGUCUCAGAGAAACAUUGUCAAUACGCAGUAUUAGUCACGAUAAUUAGUCUGCACCGCCCUCGAGAUGGCUUUGAUUGCUCCCGGCAGACUCUUUCCUCAUACUUUUAUCGUCGGUUCCUAAUACCUGUUUUGUAAUUGGUGUAAAUUAUAUAUAAGUAACAUAGAUGGCUGCUAGUAUUAAUUCUCAAUCUUAAGACUAUAAUGCCUAGCU